AUGGGAAAAAUUUCGGAUGUAUUCGUUUGCCCGAAUAUGUGCGGUCGUUCGUAUAAGCAAAAAGCGGGACUUUACCGGCAUCUGAAAUACGAAUGUGGAUGCGAAAAACAGUUCCAAUGUUCCGAAUGUUUCAAAGCUUUCGCUCACAUACUUACAGAAUCGUUCGUGUGUUCGAAUGGCUGCGGACGUCAGUACAAGUACAAAUGUGGCCUGCAACAGCAUUUGAAUUACGAAUGUGGUCGCGAAAGGCAGUUCAAAUGUCCCGAAUGUCCGAAAGCUUUUCAUCGCAAAUGCAACUGGAAAGUUCAUCUAUUUACAGGAUCAUUAUUCGCAUGUCCGAAUGCUUGUGGUCGUCGGUAUAAGUAUAAAAAAGGACUUCAGCAGCAUUUGAAUUACGAAUGCGGACGUGAGAAACAGUUCAAAUGCACUUUAUGUCCCAGAGCUUUUCAUCAUAAAAGUGAAUAUUUUUACUGCCCUAAACGAUGCGGUCGCAAGUACAAGUAUCAACAAGGACUCAAAGCGCAUUUAAAAUACGAGUGUGGACUAGAAAAGCAAUUCAAAUGCGUCAAAUGUGGUAAAGCCUUUGUGCAUAAGAGUAAUCUUAGAGCGCAUAUGGUGAACAUUCAUUCGACCAUUUGCCCGGAUGAAAUUAUACCUCGGCGUCGUCGUCGUCAUCAUCAUCAUCAUCAUCGUCAGAAUCCUUUAUAA